AUGAGCGCGCUUCCGGGGCCCCCGGGGGGCCCCCCGGCGGGCCUGCCCGCAGCGCCGCAGACCUUCUACAACUUCUACAAGACCCGGCUCUGCGACCGCGCCCGCGGGCGCCCCUGCAGCUUCCCAGGCCUCUGCAGCUUCGCCCACAGCGCAGCAGAGCUGCGGCCAGUCUACGACUUGACCUGCACGCGGAUGUGCCCGCAGCAGCAGCGCAGCGGCUGCUGCGCUGCUGCUGCCUGCCGCUACUCCCACUCGCCCUCGCAGCUGCGCGCCACUUCUUCCUUCUACAAGACGCAGCUCUGCAGGGCCUUCCAGACUGCAGCAGGCUGCGCCUUGGGGCCCCGCUGCAGACACGCGCACGGCGCAGCAGAGCUGCGGAGGGCCCCCGACGUUCUCUACACCUUCUGCCUGCCUCGCGCUGCUGCUGCUGCUGCUGCUGCUGCAGCCAAGCGCCGCGGGGCCCCCGGGCACCCGCGCCAGCAGCAGGGGAGCCGCCGCGCCCGGGCUGCGCUGCUGCUGCAGCAGCAGCGCGCCGCCUCAAGCCGCCCCACGCGCCCCGCGCCGCGCAGCAGCAGCAGCAGCAGCAGCGGGAAAGCGCCCGCAGGGUGCACGUCUCCGCGCCUGCGCCCCAGUUCGAGCAGGCAAGAGGCCGCCGCUGCUGCUGCUGCUGCUGCUGCUGCUGCUGCUGCGGAGCCGCUGGCAGCUUCGCCGGCACUGGGGCCCCCCCCAGGAUUCCCGGGGUCACCUCAGCAGCACCUGCAGCAGCUGCUGCUGCUGCUGGCAAGCGGGUGUUUUGCUGCACACACCCACAGCCUGCCGCUUUCUGUUUUGCUGCUGAGUCCCGACCUGGCUGCUUCUGGCGCUGCAGCAGCAGCAGCAGCAGCAGCGGCGGCGGAGCAGCAGGGCGAGCUCAGGUGUACAGACACCCUGCUGCCGGCGCUGCCCAGAAAGAAGCACAAGCAGCGAAAAGAUCCCUUCGCUGCUUUUGCAAAUAAAAGUAAAAAAGAAAUAAAGAAUAAAGAAAAUGAAAGAUUUGCUGCUGCUCUGGGGGCCUCCCCCAGCAGCAGCGCCUGGGCAGCUCUGGAAGCUGCUGCAGCACAGGUUGUUGCUGCUGCUGCUGCUGCGGCGGCGGCCAAAGACGCAGCAGCAGCCGAGUGCGCAAACGCAGAAGCAGCAGAAGCAGCAGCAGCAGCAGCAGCAGCAGCAGAUGCAGCAGACGUCAGGACAGCCAGCGUUUCCCCCGCCACCGAGCAGCACACAAGUUUGCUGCUGCUGCAGACUAUGCCAACUCCCACAGAAGCAGGAAAGAGCCUUUCUUGUGCUGCAGCAAUUCGCAGCGCCCUGGGCGAGCUCAGGCAGCCAGCAGCAGCAGCAGCAACAGCAGCAGCAGCAGCAGCAGCAGCAGAAGGCAGCAGGAGAUUCCUCCAAAGCGUCGGCCGCACAGCCCCAGCAGACAUACAGAGACACGCAGCACUCAAGGCCAUUCUUUGCAGGCAAAACAACAUGUAG